UCCAUCAUAUAUUCAAGUGUUCAUAUGGUAUCUGAGCCUAUACAACUCUAACGAGCACGAUCCUAUUUUUUUCCAAGCACCAAAUCCUCCAAUGACUGAAAGAUGGAAACACUUCCAGAGUUAUCAAUGCUGACAACACUACUGGUAUCAACACCAUAGUUUACUUCAACCCCGCUUCCCAACUGCCAAUCCAACUUAGUGGCAGUCACAAUUUUUCCACUUGGAAAGCUCAGUUCUCCAUGCUUAUGCAUGGACAUGACCUCUAUGGUCACCUUGAUGGAUCUACCCCGACUCCCAACCCGAGCACCACUUUUGGCACCAACACGACCCCCAACCCUGCUUAUACACUUUGGUUCCGUCAGGAUUACCUCAUUCAAAACGCCCUUAUGGCAUCUGUUGAUCCUAUGAUUGCCUCCACAGUUGAUGCUGCCAACACAUCAAAACAGGCUUGGGACUCUUUGCAUACUGCUUAUGCAAACAAGUCCCAAACUCAGAUCUUUAGCCUUCGUGAUCAACUUGCCCGAAUCACCAAAGACUCCCUCCCUAUUACUGAAUACCUUCAACGUAUUCGGUCCCUUUCGGAUGAACUAGCCACUGCUGGUGCCCUUGUUACUAACUCCGAACUCAUUGUCAAAAUCUUUACUGGACUUGGCCCUGAGUUUCGCGAGAUCUCGGCCGCUAUACGUGCACGUGACACCACAGUAACCUAUGAAGAACUGUAUGAGAAGCUUCUUGAUCAUGAGCUCUUUCUCCGUCAUGAGGAGGCUAAGAAAAUACAGAGCCCAAUCACUGCUGCGGUGGCCACUCACAACAAAUCAACCAAUAAUUCUAACAACCGCAACAAUCGCCGUCAGAACAAUAAUGGCACGCCUACUCACAAUCCUCAUCAAUGGCGCUAGAAUGCUCGCUCCAAUCCGCCAGCUCAGUGGCCAGCCCCGACUAACAAUAAUUUCACUAAUGUUAUCCGGUGUCAGUUGUGCAACAAAAUUGGCCACAUUGCAAGUGUCUGCAGAUCUAAAUCUCACAAUCAUUUUGAGGCUAAAGCUAAUUAUGGUUGCGGUUUCACCUCUACUGCCAACCCAUGGAUUAUGAAUUCUGGAGCUACUCAUCAUCUCACAACAGAGCCACACAAUUUACAGGAAUAUCAUGGCAAUGAGAAUGUCUCUAUGGGUGAUGGUAACAAAAUUCCCAUAACUCAUACUGGUUCAACUCAGUUAAAAGCAUCAAAUAAUAUUUUUCAUCUAACUCACACUCUAUGUGCUCCUAACAUCAAACGUAAACUUAUCUUUGUCUCCAAAUUUUGCCAAGAUAAUCUAACAUCUAUCGAAUUUUUUCCUUUUGAUUUUCUUGUGAAGGAUCUGAAAACGCGAGUACCACUGGUGCGAGGCCGGAAUAAACAUGGAUUGUAUGAGUGGCCCAAGUCAUAUCCAUCACCACCUCCGCAAUCUCACAUCACCUCUGCCACGGCUUCUAUGACCACAUGGCAUCGAAGACUAGGUCAUCCACAUUUCAGAAUUCUUAAGUAUAUCUUGAAUAAAUUUUCGCUUCCAUUCUCUGAGCGAGACAAGUCUCUUUUUUGUAAUUCUUGUUCAUCUGAUAAAGCCCAUCAACAACCAUUUAGUCAGUUGAGUUUGACAAGUUCCAAACCUCUUCAAAUAAUUUUUAGUGAUUUAUGGGGACCCUCUCCAAUUCUAUCCAUUGACAAAAAAUGGUAUUAUUGCUUGUUUGUUGAUCAGUACACGCGGUAUACAUGGUUGUACACUUUUUUUUGUUAAAGUAAAUUGUAUUAAUCAAAAGGGAGAGAACUCCCGUAUACAGGAAGUAUACCAAAGAGUAGAGAAUUUAUAUCAGAACAUGAUUCUUUACAAAAGACGCCCAAUCUUCUAUACAAGUAGGGGCUAUAUGAGUGCACCAAAAAGCGAUCAAAGAUAAAAGACUAU